AUGAGGUACUCCCAUAGUACUCCGAAGCUGUACAGGAGAUUUGUGCUUCAAUGCCGGCAUUUAUCAAGUGUCAAGGGUGCUAAGCAAGAUUCGAAGCAGAAGGGCAAGAAUGACAGAUUUUCUCGACAUUACGUUAUUGGAGCAUUCGGUACAUUUGCCAUACCUUACACGAUCUACGCGCUCUAUAUAUCAGUCACUGCAUCUAACGAGAUCGACAGGAGGUACAAACAGUCUGUGGAAAUUGAAAAAGAUGGUCCUAAUUUUAAAGGCACUUUAGCUAAGUAUGUUCCAUUAGAAGUACUUGGAAGAUACGAAAAUCCCUUUGCUGAGUACAGGAUUCAAACGGUAUAUGAGUUCUUUUUCAACAGAAUUGUGGAAUUGUUUCAAAGAAAUAGAGGUGGCAUCCCGCCUGAUAAAUCUCAAAUGAAUCAGUUAAUGCCUGUCCAUAAGCCAAAAUGGCACGACAGCGAUGAUCCUACUGAAAAUAAUAAUCUCAACUUGACAGGAAAAAUUAACCAUACUAUCUUAGAUGAGACAGUGCUGGUACAGAAAGAUUAUACAGUGGAAACAAUACCCAUAUUUAAUACCUGGUUGGGACAAUCAUGUAAUUUUGUGUUCUACAAUGGUCUUAAGAUUUUAACAGACCCCAUAUUCACGAACUAUUUAAUUCAUGAAACGUUAGGUCCAGAAAGAAUUUCACAGAUGCCUUGUGAAAUUGAAGAUAUCCCUACACCAGACGUGAUUUUAGUUUCUCAUAAUCAUCCUGAUCAUCUAGAUAUUAAGAGUAUGAAUUUUUGGAAAGAUUCAGAUGUUCUAUGGAUUGUACCAAAAGGAAUGGAAAAAUUCAUGCAACAGCAUCAAAUCAAAAAUUUUAUUGAAUUAUCUUGGUGGCAAACUUGUGAAUUAGAAAAGGAUAAUGAAAAAUAUCAUAUUUCAUGUGCGCCAUCUAUGCACUGGUCUGGUAGAACAUUGCUAGACACUAAUCAAUCUCUUUGGUGUUCAUUUAUGCUAUCACAUCAUGGCAAUCCCAUAGUGUUUCACGGCGGAGACACCGGAUACGUUCAAGACCUUUUCCUCAGAAUCAAACAACGUUUUGGUCAGGGUGUAAGAUUAGCACUGUUACCAUGUGGACAGUAUUGUCCUGAAUGGCAUCAACAACCUAGGCAUAUCAACCCUCAGGAAGUAUUGAAGAUAAUGGAUGAUCUAAAGGCGCAAAACGUCCUUGGUGUUCAUUGGGGUACGUUUGUAUUAAGUGGUGAAUAUUUCUUAGAACCCAAAGAAAAGUUGGAAAUGUUGGCGGAUUGGAAAGGUAUCAAACAUAGGUGUUUUUGUCCUGAGUUAGGUAAAACAGAGAAAUUUGAUUGA